UCAAUUAUAUAAAAGAAAAAUGAUCGAAUGUGGAUUUGUCUCUUCGAGAAGAACAGCUUACAGGAACAGGAGGAGCCAAUGCAUGUUCUUCCCGUCAAUCUCACUUUCUCUCCCGACCCAGAAAAUUUUCCCUCAUUUUCUCUCUAGCCAAUCAACUCCACCACCUCAAAAAACACCCACCAAAAACCAAUCAUAAAGAAUCGAUUUUGACCGAGGAAGCAACAAUCUUUCUCAUCGUUGUUCCGAUUGCUCUUUCUAUCUGAAAGAUGAAGACGAGCGCGAAGGACUCGUCGGAGAAGCUAAUCUGGGACCGGACAUUAUCCGGUUCCGGGUCACCGACCCGACCCGUAUCCAAGCUCAUGGUCUUCCUCCUCCUCUUCGUCUCCGCCACUUACGUCGUCUACACCAUCAAGCUCAUCUCCUCCUCACGUGUCUGCCACGUGGAGCCCUUCUCCGCCGUCGCCUCCACGCGCCGCCGCACCUCCAACUCAUCCCCCCCCCGCCGCACCAACGAAACCGCCGCGGUGGUGGCGGAUCCAUUCUCGUCCCCUCCGGCGACGGAGCUCCGGCACGUGGUGUUUGGUAUCGCGGCGUCGGCGAGGCUGUGGAAACAGAGGAAGGAGUACAUAAAGAUCUGGUACAAGCCCGAGCGAAAUUGUUGCAGGGUGAAAUCGAAGAAGAACAACACUUUGCUGAUUAAUGAGGCGGUGGAGGUGGCCGGAGAUGACGAAUCAACCCUCCCGCCGGUGAGAAUCUCCGGCAACACCUCCGAUUUCCCGUACAAGAACAAACAGGGGCACCGAUCAGCGAUUCGAAUCUCCCGAAUCAUAACAGAGACCCUCCGUCUAGGCCUGAAAAACGUGAGGUGGUUCGUGAUGGGAGACGACGACACGGUCUUCGUCACCGACAAUCUGCUAAGGGUUCUUCGGAAAUACGACCACGAACAGAUGUACUACAUCGGGAGCUUGUCGGAAUCUCAUCUGCAGAACAUAUACUUCUCGUACGGAAUGGCGUACGGAGGCGGAGGCUUCGCCGUGAGUUACCCAUUGGCGGUGGCGCUGAGUCAGAUGCAGGACCGUUGUAUUCGGAGAUACCCGGCGUUGUACGGAUCAGAUGACCGGAUGCAAGCUUGCAUGGCCGAACUCGGUGUUCCACUCACCAAGGAACUCGGUUUUCACCAGUACGACGUUUACGGGAACCUCUUCGGACUGUUAGCGGCGCAUCCGGUGGCACCGUUGGUGACAUUGCACCACCUGGACGUGGUCGAGCCGAUAUUUCCGAACAUGACACGUGUCAAUGCCCUGAAACGGCUUCGGACACCGAUGAGACUCGACUCGGCCGGACUCAUGCAACAGUCCAUUUGCUACGACAGACGCCGGAAAUGGACCGUCUCUGUCUCUUGGGGCUUCGCCGUUCAGAUUUUCCGGGGAAUAUUCUCCCCCAGAGAGAUGGAGAUGCCUUCUAGAACCUUCCUAAACUGGUAUAGGCGGGCGGAUUACACGGCAUACGCCUUCAACACGAGGCCAGUGAGCCGAAACCCGUGCCAGAAGCCGUUUGUGUUCUACAUGACGGAUGCGAGGUUUCAUCGGACGGGUAACACGACGGUGAGCGAGUACGGACGUCACGUUGCGCCUCACCCCGACUGCCCGUGGAAGAUGGAGAAUCCCGGCCGCCUCACCUCCGUCCUCGUCUACAAGAAACCUGACCCUCUUCUUUGGAACAGGUCUCCGAGAAGAAAUUGUUGCAGGGUGAAAUCGAAGAAGAACAACACUUUGCUGAUUAAUGUUGGGGUUUGUAAAGAUGGUGAAAUCGUUGAAGUUAAAUAAGACUACAUAUAAUUUAUUUGACAAUAUAUUUUUUAUUAGCAUUUUUUUUUAUUUUUUUGCUUA